CGGCCAUUGUGCUCCCACGUUCUGUCCAAAAAGUAGCAAAUUCUUACACAAACACCAAAAGUAUUUUCCUCUCUUUUCCCCCCUUGCGGCCGGACAUGUGGAUCAAGAAGGAAAGGACGACACGUCUGCUUCAUGGAGUGCUCAAUGUGGAAAUAUUUGAUAUCGAUAGACUUCAACUAGGAUGUGGAUUUAUGCUUUGCGGACAGACCACAACUAGCCAGAGUUUCACGAGAAGAUUCCUAUCCGAGGUCAAGAGGGUGAUGUUGUGCCGCCCCGAGGCCCUGGGAUCGUAUCUCUACGCGUCUGUGGAUUUGGGCCGGGCGAGGGUUGCGCGGACGAGGAGGAUCCAGAACGAAAACUCGCACCCGCAGUGGAACGAGAACUUCCACAUCUACUGUGCUCAUUUGAUCUCCCAGAUCACACUCACCAUCAAAGAUGACGAUCCUGUCGGAGCAACCUUGAUCGGGAGGGCCUAUAUUCCUGUCGAGGAUGUCAUAAAGGGCUACAUAGUGGACAGGUGGGUCCCGAUCGAAGACGACGAGCACAACCCGAUCUACGGCGGGGGCAAGAUUCGUGUCCGGAUGCAAUUCUCGAGCGCCGAAAAAGACAGCAACUGGUCGCGCGGGAUCAUUAGCCCGACGUUCGAAGGUGUUCCGCGCACCUUCUUCCCCCAGAGGCGAGGUUGCAGGGUCACUCUGUAUCAAGAUGCUCACGUUUCAGAUCGUUUCAGUCCUCGCAUCCUGCUCUCCGGCGGCGCAUGGAAGCCCCGCCGGUGCUGGGAGGACAUCUUCGAUGCGAUCGACAACGCGAAGCACUUGAUUUACAUAGCGGGAUGGUCGGUCUACACCGACAUCGCCUUGAAGGACCCGCGCGGGCUCAGGAAAGGGACUGGGGUCACGCUAGGCGAGCUGCUGAAGAACAAGGCUGAUGAGGAGGGCAUGACAGUCCUGAUGCUUGUCUGGGACGAUCGGACAUCGGUCCCACGACUGAAACGGGACGGGCUGAUGAGCACGCACGACCAAAACACGGAACUGUACUUUAAGGGCACGAAAGUGCAUUGCGUCCUGUGCCCGCGGAAUCCUGCAGAGGGCGCGGAGAGCAUAAUUCAUGGCGUAAAGGUGGCAACGAUGUUCACUCAUCACCAGAAGAUCGUGGUGGUUGAUGCCGAGAUUCCUGAGGCAGGAUUGGAGAAGCGGAGGAUCGUGAGCUUCAUCGGCGGCAUUGAUCUGUGCGAUGGCCGGUACGACACCCAGGACCACCCGCUGUUCAAGACUCUGUAUUCAGACAUCCACAGAAAUGAUUUCCAUCAACCGAAUUUCGAAGGCGCUUCGAUCAAGAAAGGCGGCCCAAGGGAACCGUGGCACGACGUUCAUUGCUGUCUUGAAGGCCCCGUCGCGUGGGACGUCCUCUAUAACUUCGAGCAGAGGUGGAGGAAGCAAGUAGGGGACCAAUUCCUCAUCCCGAUAAGCAAGAUGGAGGAGAUUGUGAUCCACCCAUCGCAAGCCGCAAUAGCGGAUGACCUGGAGACAUGGAAUGUACAGUUGUUCCGGUCCAUCGAUGCUGGCGCAGUGGCUGACUUCCCCACAGACCCCAAUUCUGCAGCUGCCUUUGGCCUUGUCGGCAGCAAGGACAACAUCAUCGACCGGAGCAUCCAGGACGCCUACAUCAACGCGAUCCGACGGGCCAAGAACUUUAUCUACAUCGAGAACCAGUACUUCCUUGGCAGCUCCUACGGGUGGAAGGACGAGGGGGACAUCGUGGUCCCAGACAUCCAGGCGCUGCACCUGGUCCCCAAGGAGCUGUCGCUGAAGAUCGUGAGCAAGAUCGAGGCUGGAGAGAGGUUCGCCGUGUACGUGGUGAUCCCGAUGUGGCCAGGGCAUACCGAGAGCGAGGCGGUGAAGGCAAUCCUGGAUUGGCAGAGGAGGACGAUGGAGAUGAUGUACACGGACAUUGCCCAUGCCCUCCACAGGAAGGGGGUUGCAGCCACUCCUAGAGAUUACUUGACCUUCUACUGCCUUGGAAACAAGGAAGCAAGGAGGGGCGGUGAGCCGGUUCCUGAAGAGCAACCCGCACCAGAUAGUGACUAUUCCAGAGCCCAGCAAGCAAGAAGGUUCAUGAUCUAUGUCCAUUCGAAGAUGAUGAUAGUUGACGAUGAGUACAUAAUCGUCGGAUCGGCCAACAUCAACCAGAGGUCCAUGGAGGGCGCCCGGGACACGGAGAUUGCAAUGGGCGCGUUCCAACCGAAGCAUCUGGUGACUCCUAAAGGGCCGCCUAGGGGCCAAAUCUACGGCUUCCGAAUGUCCUUGUGGCACGAGCACCUCGGCCAUACAGAGGAAGUUUACACUCAUCCGGAGUCUCUGGAAUGCAUUCGAGAGAUGAACGAUCUCGCUGAGCGCCGUUGGGACUUCUACGACGAAAACUUCGGCGGAGACUUGCCGGCUCACUUGCUACGUUACCCGAUCGAGGUCGCCGAAAAUGGAGCCGUCAAGCCCUUGCCUGGGUUCACGCAAUUUCCCGACACCAAGGCUCCAGUCUUGGGAGCAAAAUCUGAUAGAUAUCCUCCUAUUCUGACGACUUAGAAGAUGUAUCAGAUGCAAACAUCGUUUGCUGUAGUGACAAUGCUCUAUUGAGCACCCCCAAAUUGACAAUCAUCGACCUUUACUA